UAACAUUAUAUAUAAUCCUAUUGAACUAAUUAUUUUAUGUGUCACCUAAGUAUUCUUAUCUUAUUACAAAAAGAAUUCACAAAUUUCCGAAAAAUUAAAAAUGAAGGAAAGCAACAGUAGGAUUUCCUAUAUGAAAGUUAUUACAUAUUCUCUCUUCGUGUGGUCAUCGCAAUAUGCCCAUAAGUCAUCAGACACCUUAUGUAAUUCAUCAUGUUAUAAGCGCAACAACAGAUUACUGAGCCAAACCACAUUCUAUUCAACAAGAGAUGACACACCUGUGACAUAUGGAACUGGUGGUUACCAUCAAGAUGAUGAACUUCAUAGUAUGUCAAGAAGAAUGAACAGUGCAGUAAAGGAUGCUCAUUUUGAAAGUAAAUUUCAGGAAUUAUGCUCUGAAGAUAAUUUACAGGGUAGCUUCGAUUCUAUGCUACACGAUGAAAAUAUACAGAAACAAUUUAAUGCAAUAAUGUGUGAGGGAGAUUAUCCAAGGAUGUCGGGCAAUUCGUAUAGGAAUAAUGAGUAUUAUGAAACAGGCCCUGGUACGAGAGCUGGUAAACAUUAUAAUGAUUAUGGAAGGGGAAGAUCGGAUGACUAUGAUGAUUACAAAAAGGGGAGUGGCCGUAAGGGUGAUUUGGGUUCAUUAAACUAUGAUAAACAUUCAGGAAAUAGAGAUUACUCAUCAGGAGGAGGUUAUUACAUGGAUAGUGGACACUCUUCUCGUGAUCAAUCAGCCCUUACAUCGGGUCCUCAUGUAUCUGAAUAUUUAUCCAAUGAUUAUGAUAGACAAGCUCAUCCUUAUCAACAGAAUUUGGAAACCUACCAACCCCCCCCUAAUAACUUUAACACCUUUGAUGUUACUCUGAAUACUCACAUGCCACUUUCGCAAAGUAACGCACCAAUAGAAGAACUUGAAAUCAAACAUGUAUUGCAAAAAAAAAAAAUAAACAAAAGUGCCCCACUAUCCGUGAUAGAAGGUUUUAUUAAAUUCAUAAAAAAAGUAGAUGCAAUGUAUGAAACAGAAAUAUUAAGAAUAAUGACAGGUACUACUGGUGCUUAUGAUGGCCAACACGUCGAACAAAAAAAAAAUAAAGGAUUAAUAAAGAUGCUUAAGGAUAAAAUAAACAUAUUUUCCCCCGUUAUAUCCAUUGCUUUCUUUGUGGGCGUGUUCGCCUUGUUUAAUAUAAUGCCUGCUGUUGUCGUAACAUCUGUGAUUCUCAUUGCGACCAUGAUAUAUGUAUGGUAUAAAUAUAAGAAGUGCAAACGUAUAAAUAAAAUGUAUGCAGUUUAUGACGAGCAAAAAUUAAUGCAGCACAGUGCACAACAAAAAAUGGAAGCACUCCAAAAUUCAAGAUACAUUGGAUAA